CGAGGGCGCUGGCCCUGGUGGGCGCGCGUUAUUUGCUGCGACGUGGGCGAUUGUUACGGGAAUAUUACCGACUUAGCGGCUGCAGCAGGGACUCGAUCGCGAGUCUCGUUCGUUCGUGCCUUUGACACUUAAAGAACCCGCAGCCCUCAUUCUUCGCCCACACCUCGCCUUUUCCCUUCCACCAUCACUUGCUCGUCGCACCUCUCGCGGCGAGCCCACAUCUGCCUUGCACGCGCCCUUUCAGCACUGUUCCAGCCUCCCGAAGUACGCCAAUUCGCUGCAUCGCACGCCCGCGGGCCCUUACUGGGCGGAGCUGAACUUCGUCGUUCUCGUUUUCUCAACGUACACCGCGCACCCCAACGGCACCCUGCCACCCUCACCAUGUCUUCAUCUGACGACGACGCGCCCAUUGCACGUGGCAGGACUAAUGGAGUAGCAAAAUCCGAAGCCCGCAUUCCCUUGGAAGUCGACCAAAAAUUGGACAAGGAGUUCCCAUCCAAUGGCCAUGUCGAGCCUGGCGUCUCCGUACGUAUGGGACCGAUUGAGCCUAUGGACGUCGAUCUUCCGGCCACGAAUGGCACCGUCAACGGAAAGCGCAAAGCUCGCAACAGCAUCACGAACGGGAAAUCCUACAAGGAAGCGAGCUCUGAUGAAGAUGACAAGCCCCUGAACAAGCGUAGGCGAACAUCUCAGCAGGUCGCGCAGACCAAAGACGACUCCGAGUCCGAACUCAGCGAUGUGCCUCUGGUGGCGCGUAAGCCCCCAAAGGCCACAGCCACCCAGAUUGGAGAGUCAUCGGAUUCCGACACGCCUUUGAAUGAAAAGCUGGUGAAGCAGAAGGAAAAGAUCGAACAGGCCGCUGCGAAAGAGGCAAAGGCUAUUCGCAACAAAGAGAAAGCUGCACCUAAGCGCAAACCCAAGGAGGAGAGCGACAGCGACGACGAGCCCAUCAUCAAAAAGAAGAAACAGCCCGCAAAGCGUGUAUCAAACGCCGUCAAGGACGAGUCAGACUCCGAUGUUCCUCUUGCAAAGAAGAAGGCUCCUGCAAAAACCCCGGCAAAGAAAGCGAAGGCUGAGCCCGCGACUCCUGCAAAGAAAGGGAAAGCCAAAGCCGUGACCAAGACCGAACAGGACGAGGAGGCGGAUCAAGAAGAGGAUGAAUACCGUUGGUGGGAAGAUCCAACCAAGGGCGAUGGCUCGAAGAAGUGGACUACCCUAGAGCAUAACGGCGUUGUAUUCCCGCCAGAGUAUCAGCCUUUGCCGAAGCAUGUCAAGCUCAUCUACGACGGCAUUCCAGUCACGCUCCAUCCCGAAGCUGAGGAGGUUGCUACUUUCUUUGGCAGUAUGCUCAACUCUACCCACAACGUGGAGAACCCCACCUUCGUCAAGAACUUCUUCGAAGAUUUCUCUACGCUCUUGAAGAAGACCGGCCAUGGAAAGGACAAAGAUGGGAAUACUGUCAAGAUAACGAGUUUCGAGAAGUGCGACUUCAAACCAAUCUUUGAGUGGUUUGAGUCUGAGCGCGCGAAGAAGAAGGCACUAUCCGCUGCCGAGAAGAAGGCUCUCAAGGCCGAAAAGGACGAAGCUGAAGCUCCCUACAUGUUCUGCACGUGGGAUGGUCGCAAGCAGAAGGUCGGCAACUUCAGGGUCGAACCUCCAAGUCUCUUUCGUGGUCGUGGCGAACAUCCCAAGACCGGGCGCGUCAAGAAGCGAGUCAUGCCGGAGCAGAUUACUAUUAACAUUGGUAAAGAGGCCAAGGUCCCGGAACCUCCCGCAGGGCAUCGUUGGAAGGAGGUCAAGCACGACCAAGAAGGCACGUGGUUGGCUAUGUGGCAGGAGAACAUCAAUGGUGCUUAUAAAUAUGUCAUGCUUGCAGCCAACUCCGAUAUCAAAGGUCAAAGCGACUACAAAAAGUUUGAAAAGGCUCGAGAGUUGAAGAAGCACAUCGACAGAAUCCGAACCGACUACAAACGUGAUCUGAAGGGGGAGAAGAUGGCGGACCGUCAGCGCGCCACAGCCAUCUAUCUCAUCGAUCAGUUCGCUCUUCGUGCAGGUAACGAGAAGGGUGAAGACGAAGCCGACACUGUAGGUUGCUGCUCUUUGAAGUUUGAGCAUGUCACGUUGAAGCCACCGAACAAAGUCAUCUUCGACUUCCUGGGUAAAGACAGUAUCCGCUUCUACGACGAGGUUACUGUUGAUGAACAGGUGUUCAAGAAUCUUAAGAUAUUCAAGAAAGCACCCAAGACGACGGGUGACGACAUCUUCGACAGGCUCACCACAUCAGCCCUCAACAAGCACUUGACUUCGUACAUGCCUGGUUUGACCGCCAAGGUCUUCCGUACCUACAACGCGUCCUGGACCAUGGCUAGACUUCUGAAGGAGAUGAAGGCCACGGGCACCAUCCCCGAGAAGGUCAAACAGUACAAUGACGCCAACCGUGAAGUCGCUAUCCUCUGUAACCACAAGCGAACCGUCGCUGCCGGCCAUGCCGGCUCCAUUGAGAAGAUGCAAGAAAGAAUCAAUGGUCUGCGGUAUCAACUUUGGAGGACCAAGCAGAUGAUCAUCGACAUCGACCCUAAGCAGAAGAAGAAGAAGGGUGCCGACUUCUUUGAACGCCCGGAGGACCUCACCGACGAGUGGGUUGUGGAUCACAUCGAGAAAGAGGUGGAAGAGAAGCGCACGAAGAUCCAGAAGAAGUUCGAAAAGGACAAUGAGAAGCUCAAAGCCAAUGGCGAAAAGGAGAUGAAGCCGAAGGCGCUUGACGAGCUCCUCAAGGAGGCUGACGACUUGGGCAAGAAGAUGCGCAAGGAGCACAAAACUGGCAAGGUGGAAGCGGAGGGCAAAGGUCCUACCGUGGAGAAGAUGGAGGCCAACAUCGAGAAGCUCAACCAACGCAUAGAGAACAUGAAGAUCCAGAUGGAGGACAAGGAGGGUAACAAAGAGGUGGCCUUAGGCACCUCAAAGAUCAACUACAUCGACCCCCGCCUCACGGUUGUCUUCUCUAAGAAGUUCAACGUCCCAAUCGAGCGUUUCUUCUCCAAGACUCUUCGCGAGAAGUUCGAUUGGGCGAUCAAGUCAGUUGAUGAAGACUGGGAUUUUUAAACGCGAAGGCGCGGCCUUCGGGCCAUGUCUCGGGUACUGCAUUCAGCAUUUAGUGAGGCGUUGAUCUGAAAAAUGCUAUCUAGUGGAUGAAGCAGGGUGGAUUGACUCUGCGUCUGAGCCGUUCUGUACGGGCAAGAUGGGUAUGCUUCGAGCAUUGUUACUAUGCGAGGUGGUGCGAAUUGGUUGGCUCUGUUUCUUUCCAGCAUAGCGGUCGGGUUGCCCAGUCAAGAUUUGAGUCUAGUCACCGCCUCACCGCGUAGAGCUUGCCUAAAGCUUGCAUUGGUGGGGGCAUCGAAAGCUAGACAUUCGUAAAUCACAAAUCCUAUAUUACC